AUGCUUGAGUUCUCCUGGAUGAUCCUCGGAAUCUAUAAUGAAGGAAACUUCACGGUGGAGCAACAGCUGGCUCAGGAUCUCUACUUGCAAUACUCUGAGGACAUCAUGAUGGAGGCGAAGGAGGUCCUCCAGCUGCAGUCUCGGGAGUACAUGAGGUGUGACCCCAGGGAACACGUGGAGGGCGAGACUUACGUGCAGUUCACCGAGCUCCUUCAGGGUUACAUCGCGAAAGAAAUAGACGUGGACAGUCGCUGGCUUUGCUUCGGGAAUUGCGCCUACUACAAGUACACCAGGAGUCGGAGUUGCUCCAAGCCCAACUCCCAGAACUGCGGGAAACACCGCCGAUGCAGAGGCACUGUCCACGACUGUCGCUUCUAUGAUGCCGACGCGUGGGUCUGCCUCUCCAGGAAGCCCUACAGGAGAUACGAGUCGAUUCGCUAUGAGAACCGCCUCAUCCUGGGUCCCCACGGCCAGUGCGACAGCUCGGAGAUGAAGGUGGACUCCUGGUGGAGGUUCCUCUUCCACUGCUCCUACUGCCUCUGCCUCUGCGAUGACGACACCUCGCCCUCCACCGACCGAUACGUCAGCCUCAUGCCGGCCGUCAGUGACACAAGGAACAACAUGGUGGUAACUGGAAUCAAGUUCACGAAGCAGAGGAGGAUAAUUCACCUCAAAGUACAGCAAGGUCAGGCUCUCCCGCAAGGACAGGUUAACAGCUCCACGAUACAGUGGGUGGACGUCGAACCGAUCAGCAUCAUCAGAUAUAUCAGAGAUAUUUCUAUCAAGUCAAAACUUUUGAUUUAUACACUUCCCGCAUCCCCAACCCGUCUCCCGGUCGAAGAAGAAGACCGAAAAGGAAAUAAAAGUAUUAAAUUAAAUGUAUCUUUGUACCCUGUCUUUCAAGAACAUGACAAAUACCGGACUGAAAUUCAAGUUACCUUCUGUAUUCCUGAAAGCCUUGAGUUAAAUAUGUGCUAUGAAAAAUACCGGUUGUAUUUUUUGUAUGUCAACAACGGAAGCAUGACGUCAUCAUUCAAGCCAAUUCGCAAUUUCAAACCGGGCUGUGAUUGGCACCGAUAUAAAAAUCUAUAA